GUUAAUCCAGGACGAGCGAUGGAAACUGAACAUCUACGCUGCGCCAGCUGGCAGUAACGCGAGUAAGUGUCGUCGAUACUCUUCUUACAGGUAACGAGUAACGACCCUUGAGCCGUUACUUCUCGGUUUCCCUCUGCUACCGGCGCUGCCUGGUGAUCACCGCCUACACGCAGCUCACUGGUUACGGUGACAGGCUCAACAAACCGCCCCCCGCCCCUCGGAGAUGUUGCUGUCUGUGGCUGACAGCAGACCUGCGGGACCGAAACAAGUGUUUGUGCCGCUCUUUUAAGAAAGUAAAAAAGCUGGAAAACGGGCCGUUUCCUCCCGAAGCGAGCUACUUAAACCCUCCGAGGGGCUUUAGCGUCCUUAUCUUUAAGCUAGCAGAAGAGCGCGAGGAGGCGAACAUUAGCUCGGAACUCGAUUACCGGCGUUUUUAUUUUUCUCCCUUUUUAUCACUUCGGACGCAAUGACAGACUCGGUGGUGGACGGCAAAACGGAGGUGAAACAAGCCACGAAAUAUGUGAAAGAGACGGAGAACGUCGCGGAGAAAUACUCGGCGUUGACCGUCAGCAAGAACAGCAGCGAUGUGAACAUGAAUGUGGGGGAGAUGCCGUCCGCAGCGUUCACCGCAGUGCCCACACUGAAAUCCGUCAAGAAGAUCCAGUUUGCGAAUGCAGAGGACAAACAGGAAUUCACUAAAUACCCGACCAAGGCAGGCCGCCGAUCGCUUUCAAGGUCCAUCUCUCAGUCGUCCACUGACAGCUACAGCUCAGCUGCAUCCUACACCGACAGCUCCGAUGAUGAAACCUCCCCCCGGGACAAAGCCCAGGUCAACACACACGGCAGCAGCGACUUCUGUGUGAAGAACAUCAAGCAGGCCGAAUUUGGCCGUCGGGAAAUUGAAAUUGCAGAACAAGACAUGUCUGCCCUGAUCUCCUUGAGGAAGAGAGCCCAGGGGGAGAAGCCGCUAGCUGGGGCGAAGAUAGUAGGAUGUACCCAUAUCACUGCUCAGACAGCAGUCCUGAUUGAAACCCUGGUAGCUCUUGGGGCCCAGUGUCGCUGGACUGCCUGCAACAUCUACUCCACUCAGAAUGAGGUGGCUGCUGCUCUUGCUGAGACAGGGGUACCUGUGUUUGCAUGGAAGGGUGAGUCAGAGGACGACUUCUGGUGGUGCAUCGAUCGCUGUGUCAACACUGAGGGCUGGCAGGCCAAUAUGAUCUUGGAUGAUGGUGGAGACUUAACCCACUGGGUGUACAAGAAGUAUCCUAGCGUCUUCAAAAAAGUCAGAGGAAUUGUAGAGGAGAGCGUCACCGGGGUUCACAGAUUGUACCAGUUGUCUAAGGCUGGCAAGCUGUGUGUCCCUGCCAUGAAUGUGAACGACUCCGUCACCAAGCAGAAAUUCGACAACCUUUACUGCUGCCGUGAAUCUAUCCUGGAUGGCUUGAAGAGGACCACAGAUAUAAUGUUUGGAGGCAAACAAGUUGUUGUGUGUGGUUAUGGAGAGGUGGGAAAAGGCUGCUGCACUGCUCUUAAGGCUCUUGGAGCCAUUGUGUGCAUCACAGAGAUUGACCCCAUCUGUGCUCUGCAGGCAUGCAUGGAUGGUUUCCGAGUUGUCAAGCUGAGCGAAGUGAUUCGGCAGAUGGACGUGGUGAUAACUUGCACUGGCAACAAAAAUGUGGUUACCAGAGAACAGCUUGACCGAAUGAAGAACGGCUGCAUCGUCUGCAAUAUGGGACAUUCCAAUACUGAGAUUGAUGUGGCAAGUCUGCGCAGCCCUGAGCUCACCUGGGAGAGGGUUCGCUCUCAGGUUGACCACAUCAUCUGGCCCGAUGGCAAGAGGGUUGUUCUCCUGGCAGAGGGUCGUCUCUUGAAUCUGAGCUGCUCCACUGUGCCUACGUUUGUGUUGUCUAUCACUGCUACUACUCAGGCUCUGGCCCUGAUUGAGCUGUUCAAUGCUCCAGAAGGACGUUACAAACAGGAUGUGUAUCUUCUGCCCAAGAAAAUGGAUGAAUAUGUGGCCAGUCUGCACCUACCAAACUUCGAUGCCCACCUCACAGAACUGUCUGACGAACAGGCUAAGUACAUGGGCCUCAACAAGAAUGGCCCCUUCAAACCUAAUUAUUACAGAUAUUAAUGCCUGAUCCUCGACGCACAGAGACCCUGGGAUAAACAGAGAUAUCUAUUUUAUUUUCUAAAUUGCUACAAAAAGGAGGAAUUAUUUUACUUAUGCUGAAUGUAAUUUAUUAAUAGCACUUCAGAGGUAGGGUUAACCAUUAAAAACAAGAGUAAGAUAUAGGAAACAUAAUAUAUAACCAACUUAACAUUUUACACGUCUCGUCAUGUGUUUAAAGAAAAGCCUACUUGCAUGCUUUGAUGUGUACGUACGUAUUUAGUUAGCCGCUGCUUCUGUUACUAGAUCACAUAGCUGUUGAUUUGUUUGUUUACCAGAUUUACGCACAGUGCCAAAUGAAUGGCCGCAAGAAUGAAACACAGAAGAUACCAUGUAUGUUUCGUCUGUCAGUGACAUCAAGAUUUUACGAGUACAUUCCAUGAGCCAGAGUUUAGGCUGAGCCAAAACAAACUCUGCAUUACAAUGUACAUUAUUUUAGGAAGGUUUUUUAUGCUUUAAAUGAUCUCAUUGAAUGGUAUCUGCAUACAUGCCCUAAAAGGUAACAUCCAGCCAUCCUUUUUAUUACAACAGAGCACAGGGAAAUACAGCUCUUGGUAAGUACAGAGUUUGAUUAAGAAUUUAUAAUGGCCUGGGAAUGUCUUUUAAAUUCUUGAUCAGUGGAGUUAAAACUCAGAGUUUCUCUCAAAUAAAGAAAAGCAGAGCAAUGUUAUAAUUAUGUCUCAGUGUACAGUAUGUUUAAGAUUACAGGCUGGAGAGUUUAACUAUUUAUUUAAUACCAAGUUUCCAUUUUCUCACUCAUGACUUCUUUGACUGGAUGUUGCCUUUAAGGCCGUGAUAUGAAUGUGCCUUUUAAAUCAUUUACAACGAGUAUAUAUCAGCUCUGACUGCAAUUAAACGAAUCAUUUCUUUUUGUAAAACCACAUUAAUUAGUGGUGCAUUUAAUGUCUUCCUUCCACUGCUUCUGGUUGUAAUUGUAACUAAUGUAUGAGCUAUAUGUUGAGAAAAGAAUACCACCAAAAGUAAUCUCAUGUGAUCAAAAUGACAUAAGUGUAUACUAUGUAUGUAAACGAAUGCAUUAAAUUAGCAAUAAAGCAAGUCUUUUUAACAGAGGAAA